GUUGCCGGUGUGCUGCCUCUCCAUGAAAGCCGGCUCCAGGUCUGUCCUCGCUGCCCUGGUGUCGAAAGUGAAGCGCAUCAACGGGAGGUACGAGAGGUUUUUGGAAAGGACCUUCCCCCGUUUCUACGUGCUGUACGCGACUUUCACGAAAGGAAUCCAAGCGCUCUUUCUGGAAGUAAAAGAAAUAAGAAAAAUCAAAUCUAAAAUGUCCCAUCAGAGACUGAGCGUUCAGCAGCUUCCCUACCGGGAGAUGGAAAGGCUGCGGCAGUUUCGCAGGGACGUGAUCAAGGCCAUUCCCAUCGGAGUUAUCGCCAUCCCGCCCUUCGCCAACUUCUUGGUCAUCGUCCUGAUGUAUUUCUUCCCACGCCAGCUCCUGAUCCGCUACUUCUGGACCCCCAACCAGCAGGUUGAGUUCCUGGAUGCCUACGACGCCAUCCGGAGAGACUCGUAUCCGGAUGUCGUGGAAAGUUUAGCCCUGGCAGCGCGUUCCCUGCCUGAGCCGCAGCUCCAAAAACGCCUGCAGGAGCUCUGCGCUGAGGUGCAGCGAGGUUCCCAGCCGCGUGUGGCUGAACUCUAUGCUAUGAGGAGUUUGUUUUCGGGAUCUCCACUGGGUCUGAACAAGCUUCAGGUGUCUCAUGUG